AUGGUGGAGGGAGGCAAGGCAGAGUUGGACAUUAUGGUGGAGGGAGGCAAGGCAGAGUUGGACAUUAUGCGGAUGGCAUGCGAGUGGGAGGAGUACGAAAGUAGACUCAACCAACUCGGUUAUGCGGAGUACGAUAACGAAACACUGAUCAGCGCACGUGUACACAACUUUGCAGAACUCAAGACUCUGAACACUGUUGUGGCACUUGUGGAAAUAGGUAUGGGUAUAAGCUGUGUUAUUUGUAACAUAUUAGUGUUACAACACUACGUACAGCGGCUUAAAGAACUCACCCCCCUCCUCUACUCAGCAGUCCUCAUUGUAGAUCUUAUUGCAGGUAUAGGAUCACUGCUACAAGGGCUGACCCUCCUUCUCCUAUCCUACACAUCCUACACCUCAUCCUACUUCUGGUACCUGGCUCCUAUCACCUACACCCUCAACAGUCUCGCCUCCCACACUUCCGUCUUCUACUCCACUGUGCUGGUCACUGCCCGGACUAUCAUGAUAACCAGACCCCGCACAGCUAGACAAGUCUCCCCGGUUCUAGUAGCCCUACUGGUGGGGUACCCUGCACUGUGGCUGGGAGUCAUACUCUGGGAGGUGUGGAUAGAGUGUGUCUACUGGGAGGAGAACACUCUAGAAAUGAUAAUAGACUUGUUCGUGAUAAUACCCACCACCCUAGGCUCCCUGGACUACUAUCUAGGCUACAUCUGGACUUGUGAGCCCAUAACUCCCGCCACCUCCAGCAUCCUCUCUCACGUCAUACCAUUCGGGGUACCCUCUUUAGUAUCAGGCAGUGGUAACAGCAGCUCAGGUCCUGAUCCUGACACAUGUAAACAGGUUCAGUGCUAAAUACCGGAGAGUCACAGUCACUAUCCUGAUCUUAACAGCUGUGUUCCUGGUGUGUAACACGACCCAGGUACUGACUGUAGUCACUAUAGACUCUCUCCAGUUGGAGUAUACUACAGGCAGAUACUACUGUCACUACCUGGUAGCUACCAUGUUACCAGUACUAAACUCUCUGCUUAACCCUGUAGUGUUACUGGUUAGGGGCAGUGUUUUUAGCAGGCAGGACCGCAGUAGGGGUCGCUCUAAUACUUUCUCUAUGGGCCCUAAAGUAGCGGCUCAGAGCUAAAUUGCUCAUGUUUCUAGGGUAAUGGGGGAGGGGAGGUUUAUAUAUUCAUCUAAACUAAAUAAGGUCUUCAUUUGUCCCUUUUUUAUUUAUUUUUGAGAAGAUUUUGACCAUAUGUAACGUGUUAGUACUUACUACCGAAAAAUGUAAAAGAGACAUUUCUUAAAUUAUCUGAACUGAUUUGUUGAACCGAAUUC